AUGCCCGAGAAGCAAGAGAAACAACAACGCUCGGGCGAGAGCGGGAGCCCAAGCCCCUCCUCGUCCGCCGACAGCGGUCGCGUGGUGAACGAGAAGCCUAGGUCUCAGGGAGGCUUUUUUUCCAAGCUUGGCGAUCUUCCCGAGUUGAAGUUUCGUGGCAAGCUUCUCGAGGGCCAGACUCUGAACUGGUGCAUCGGCUUCAUAGCGAGUUGCGGAUUUCUGAUGUUCGGCUACGACCAGGGCGUGUUGAGCUCCCUCCUUACCCUGGAUGAUUUCCAGAAGAGCAUCGUGUUGAUGACUCCACUGGAAAAGUCGAACCCCCUAUGCUGGCUCGAUUAUCCCGAAAGCACGCAGCGUGAUUACAGCCAAUGCACUGGAGACCCCAAUACACAGGCUGCUGCCGUGGCUGUCUAUCAGAUCGGAUGUUUCCUGGGCGCGCUCCUCAUUCUCUUCAAAGGAGAGACGUGGGGUCGCAAGUCUUCUACGUUCUGGGGCAGUGCUAUCAUGGUCAUCAGUACCGUCAUGCAGGCCGGCUCUCACGAGUACAUUCUUUUCUCUCUUUCCAGAGUCCUUGGCGGAAUUGGAAAUGGCAUGGUAACCUCGACAAUCCCCACUUGGCAAUCUGAGUGCGCACGACCUCAUCAGCGUGGAUUUCUAAUCACCCUUUCCGGAGCUCUCAUAUCUGGAGGCAUUAUGAUUGCUUACUGGGUCGACUAUGGCUUUUACUUCCUUGAGGGUUCGAUUCGCUGGCGCUUUCCCAUCGCUUUCCAGUCAUUCUUCACUAUCAUCGUCAUGAUUGGUCUCCUAUAUCUCCCCGAUUCGCCGCGAUGGCUCGCCAUGAAGGGCCGCACUGAAGAAGCCCGGGCGGUCACGGCCCGCCUUCUCGGCAAGCCUAUUGACCAUGAAGAUGUCACCACGGAAGUCAAAGCUAUCAAGGAGGCCCUCGAAGUCCAAAGUCAGGGUGGCGGCUUCCAGUACAAGGAGCUCCUCACUAACGGACCGUCUCAAAACCUUCGUCGAACGCUACUCGGAAUCGCCGCGCAAUUCUUCCAACAGAUUUGCGGUAUCAACCUAAUCACUUACUACGCUGGCUUCCUUUUCGAGAAUUCUCUUGGAUUUGGCCCCGAGCUGUCGCGACUUCUCGCAGCUGCAAACGGCACUGAGUAUUUCCUGGCGUCACUUGUGGCACUGCCCCUCAUUGAGAGGACUGGUCGACGGAAGCUUAUGCUUUUCGGCGCUUUUGGCAUGAUGGCUUCCAUGGCUAUCUUGGCUGGUACUGUCUCUACGGGCACUGUCGCAGAGAACGGGGCACCUAACCUCGAGACCCGUUACGGUGUCACGGCCACCGUCUUCCUCUUUGUCUUCAACUCUUUCUUCGCAAUUGGCUGGCUCGGCAUGACCUGGCUGUACCCUGCCGAAAUCACCAACCUCCGUAUUCGCAUCCAAGCCAACGCCCUGUCAACCUGCUCCAACUGGCUUUCCAACUUCCUCAUCGUCAUGAUUACUCCUCCAGCCUUUGCCAACUUGGGAUACAAGACAUAUGUCAUGUUUGCCGUCUUCAAUGCGGCCAUCAUUCCGUGCGUCUGGCUGUUUUUUCCUGAGCCCAAGGGACGCAGUUUGGAGGAGUUGGACGUUAUCUUUGCCAGCGCGCACGCUGACGGCGUCAACCCUGUCAAGCGUGCGAAGGAAAUGCGACACAUCGAGGGUAACGAGCUUGAGGGCGAGCUUGACAAGUACUUCGGGUCCAAGGUAGAGGAUGACAACAUUCGGAUGGAAAAUAUUGAAGAACAGCACCGAAGCUUUCUCAAAGCAAUCCUCUCCAUCGCGAACAUCCCCAUGGUAUUUAUUAACUUCAUCCGAAACAACCCUCACUUCAUUCUGUUUCUAAUCUGCGUUACAUGUAACGUAUGGUACUUCUGGGACACGAUAAUCUACUGCAGUGAGCUACUCGAGGAUGUUGACCGCGAUACUUGGAUUGCUGCAUUUAUCUGGAUUUUCAUCGCACGGUACUACCGUUUUGCGAUCGGCUUCUGGGGGCAUUCAACUUACCAACCCUCUCCCAUGCAGUCGAGAGAGCUCUGGACAUCCAGGGAUGUCACAGUCAUCCUCCCCACGAUCGAUCCCGACAACCCCAAGUUCGCCGAGUGUAUGCUCUCAAUUCUGGAGAACAGGCCGGCCGCAAUCCUUGUCGUUACCGUCGGAGCCGCCAUGCGCCAGCGGUGUGACGACUUCCUCGAACACUUCCGUCAAGAGUAUCCAAUGACGCGAAUCGGCGUCAGCGCGAUCCCGCACCCCUCCAAGCGCCGGCAAGUCGCUCAUGCCGUACCCAAAGUCGAAACAGAGUUCACAAUCCUCGCCGACGACCACGUCUUCUGGCCCAGCAAAGAGUUCAUCCCCAACGCUCUCGCGCCCUUUGAGUGCCCAACCGUGGGUGUGGUGGCUACCUACAAGUGCGUCCGACGUACAAGUCCCGGUAAGUUCUGGAGCAUCUCUUCUAUCAUAAACUUCAUCGGUUGCCUCUACCUCCAGCGCCACAAUUACGAUCUCAGGGCCUCCAACGCCGUAGACGGCGGCGUCUUUGUGGUCUCUGGUCGCACCGCCAUCUACCGCAGCAGGUUUCUCAAAGCCGACGGCUUGAUGCAUCGGUUUUGCAACGAGAGGUUCUUCUUUGGUCUUUUCGGCGGUAAGGAAGGCCUCGGGCCGGAUGACGACAACUUUCUCACCCGUGAAGCUUACAAGCACGACUGGGACAUCAAGUUCCAGCAAACGGACGAAUGCACCAUCUGGACCACAAUCGGCGACGAGUCAGUCAGCAAGUUCCGUGGUCAACUCAUUCGCUGGGCCAGGACCACGUUCCGGAGUAACCCGUGUAUGAUGCUGGAGAGCAACAGGGUUCUCAUCAAGCGCAUGCCGUGGUCAUUUUUCACUGUCUACCUGACUGGCCUUAUUAACUUUGCGCUGUUGUGGGAUGGCUUGCUGAUAUUUACCUUCUACAACGCGUUGGGUGCCGACGAAUUUCUAACUACCGAAAUGCGGAACCUCCUCUGUUUUAUGCUCUUUACCAAGGUAUGGAAGAUCGUACCCCAUUUUCUGCGGUAUCCUUCAGAUCUGCUGCUCCUGCCUUACCAGAUCCUCUUCGGGUAUGUUCACUCCUUCAUCAAGUUUUGGGCUUUGAUUACAUUCUGGGACUGCGCAUGGCUGGGCCGUAAUUUGGACGCGGUCGACGACGAGGCUGAGCACUCAAGGAUGCCCCUUAACAUGGAUUUCAGUUGGGGAGAAGUACGUCCAAACAGUCAAAGUCAUGGAUAUCACUACUAG